AUGGAGUCAGAAGCCACCCAAUCGAACAACAGUAUUCCAGCCCCGCCUCCCAUCAUACUUCCUGGACCUACGCUAGAAUUGAUGAACAAGUAUGUCAAGGGAUUCAGCCCUCAGCACGGCUAUCACAUAUCUAUUGGUCGAUCCUCGGUGCAGAAGAAGCAACGAUCUAAAGACCCUACAAAGGAGUCAAAGUCUUUGAAAAUCAACUGCCCAUUUACCCUCAAGGCACGAUACAAUUCGACCGACCAAACUUGGACUCUUGUUCACGUCAAUAUCACACACAAUCAUCAACCCAACGCUGAUAUCAAACUCCAAUCUACAAACACGCCACAAAUUCUCACGCUUCCUACAUCCCAACCAUCCACAGCCUCGCACAAUGACCUCAAUGCCAAGCUUGCAUUGAGAACUCUUGGCUGCGCUGAUAUUCAACCCAAGUCACCCACCUGCGAGCUUACUCCUUCAAGCACCUCUGAACCAACGGUCAACUCAUUCAUCAAGAUUUGUCACUCGAGACUUCUAGGAAUGACGGUUGAACAUCAAAAGGAGCUUAUGCAUCAAAUCGAUAGUUUGUUCAGGCAAAUUCACACCUCUGAACCCAACACCGCAAUUGAUAUUGAUACCAAUAACAAACAAGUCAAUAAUGCAGAAGACACACCUACCAGGCAAUUUGUCGGACCACCAAAUCAUCCAUCUCCUCUUGUUGGUAGCAAGUCAGAAUCCGACAAACAUAUUUCACCAGGAAGCCUCUCGCAUGUCCCAGUCGAGCACACAAUACCACACAGCACACAUACCUCGAUCGAUCAUAAUAAAUCACCGGAAGAAGUAUCUGCCACAAUGAUCACAACAAUGAAGCGGACUGAGGUUUCUCAUCCGGAUCACGCUUCAGUCUCCAAUCCCCCUGAUUGGUCUGGCACUGCUUCGUUAUCAUCAAAAAACCUUCGAUCUACAAAAGGCAAAGGUCGUUACGAUCAAAAAGAUAGUGAAGAAAGUAUAUCUUUAUUCCAAAUUCAAUACAGUCUCUUUCUAAACCUCACAGACCAUAUUUCAAUACUUUACAACAAGACUACUAAAUUUUUUGUAUCAGCGUUUAGUGUUCUCAACUAA